AUGUCCAACCCCCACAAGGACUACCCCAACCUACCUCAGAAGACAGGUGGGGUGUCAGAAGCUGUGUUAGCCCCCAGCUUUCCUCAGAAGCCCUCCUGCAAGGCCACGCCGAUGAACCAGCUCGGCCUCUCUGCAGCCCUUCUCGUCCUCCUGGGCACCCUGGUGGCCGGCACCCCAGGGGCUGAAACCAGCAAACAGGCCCAGGCUGUCUUCUGCCUGGAGCCUCCAUACACGGGUCCCUGCAAGGCCAAAAUCAUCAGGUACUUCCACGACACCAAGUCCGGGUUCUGCGAGACCUUUGUAUAUGGUGGCUGCAAUGCUAAGAACAAAAAUUUCAAGAUGGGGGAGGACUUUGUGAGGACCUGCGGUGGUACCAUCAGGCCCUGGGGAGAAGUGGCAGCAACGUCCUUUGAAAGCAUGGACUGA